CUAAAACCCUAGAAAAUACUCUCUCGUCUAUUCCUCCUCUUCUUCUUCUUCUUCCUCCAUCGUUCACCGUCAAAGAUAGCCUCGAAAAAAAUUCAGAGAUGGGGAAGCCGGAGAGGAAGUCGAAUGUGUCCGGGAAACCAAAGCAUUCGCUCGAUGCGAAUCGUGCGGAUGGGAAGAAGAAAACCACCGAGGGGCGUAGCUCCUCCGAUGUUCGCCGACUUAAGAUGUACAAGACUAGGCCGAAGAGGUCCCCCGGCGGUAAAAUCCUUUGGAAUGAGUAUCAGUCAAAGGAAUUGCCCAACACGCGAAUCCAACCCGAUAGGAGAUGGUUUGGGAACACGCGUGUUGUGGAUCAGAAAGAGCUCGAAAUGUUCAGGGAAGAGCUGGAAACUAAGAUGUCGAGUAAUUACAAUGUGAUUUUGAAGGAGAGGAAGUUGCCGAUGUCUCUCUUGACUGAUAACAAGAAGCAAUCGAGAGUUCACCUACUCGACGUGGAGCCAUUUCAAGAUGCUUUUGGAAGCAAAACUAAAAGGAAGCGCCCGAAGCUCGUGGCUUCUGAUUACGAAGCCUUGGUGAAGAAGGCAUAUGAAUCCCAGGAUGCAUUCGAGGAGUUGAAUGGGACAGGUCCAUCUGGUGAAGGAGGAGAAGAAGAGGACGGGUUUAGAGACCUUGUGAGGCAUACGAUGUUUGAGAAGGGGCAGAGCAAGCGUAUUUGGGGUGAGCUUUACAAAGUCAUAGACUCAUCUGAUGUAAUUGUCCAGGUUUUAGAUGCUAGGGAUCCGCAAGGUACUAGGUGUCAUCAUUUAGAGAAAACUCUGAAAGAGCAUCACAGGCAUAAACACAUGAUUCUAUUGUUGAACAAGUGUGAUCUGGUACCGGCUUGGGCUACAAAACAAUGGUUGAGGAUAUUAUCAAAGGAGUAUCCAACGCUAGCGUUCCACGCAAGCGUUAACAAGUCAUUCGGAAAGGGGUCUCUUCUCUCAGUUUUGAGACAGUUUGCUCGUCUAAAAAGUGACAAGCAAGCCGUAUCUGUGGGAUUUGUCGGGUAUCCAAAUGUUGGGAAAUCAUCAGUUAUCAACACAUUGCGUACUAAAAAUGUUUGCAAGGUUGCUCCAAUUCCAGGGGAGACCAAGGUGUGGCAGUACAUCACACUCACCAAGAGGAUUUUCUUGAUUGAUUGUCCUGGAGUUGUAUACCAGAGCCGUGAUUCUGAGACAGAUAUUGUCCUCAAGGGAGUGGUAAGAGUUACAAACCUGGAGGAUGCGUCUGAGCACAUUGGAGAAGUCCUGAGGCGUGUCAAGAAGGAGCACUUGCAAAGAGCCUAUAAAAUAAAGGACUGGGAGGAUGAUCAUGACUUUCUUCUUCAGCUAUGCAAAUCGUCUGGCAAACUGUUGAAGGGCGGAGAGCCUGAUUUGAUGACAGGAGCAAAGAUGAUACUCCAUGACUGGCAAAGAGGUCGCAUACCUUUCUUUGUCCCACCUCCUAAACAAGACGAUGUGGUGGCUUCAGAAGCAGAACCGAAUGCACCAGUCACAGUGCCAGGUAUAGAUAAAGAAGCCGUUGCUAAUAACAAUCAAGCAGAUGCUGCGUUGAAAGCCAUUGCUGGCAUCAUGUCGUCCCAACAACAGAAGGAUGUUCCUGUCCAAAGGGAUUUCUUCGACGAGAAGGAGCUCAAGGAUGAUGAUAAUGAAUCGAAGGAGUCAACCGAUGAAAAUGGAACCGAUGCUCAAGAAGAUGAGGACGAUGCCUCGGAAGAUGGAAUGGAUAGUGAGAGUGAUUCAGAUGAGGAUGGUGUCUCUGAAAACGAAGAGGAAAACGAGUCAGAUUCUGCUGAUGAGUAAUGGAAUGUUUCACUUUUGUCAUUUUUGUCUACUUGUGAUAACCUUAUCUUACUUAACUCAAAGUGAGACUCUUCUUUUCAAACCAUUUAUAAUUUACAAAACGCAGUUUAUUACUCUCCGUUUUACAAAUUAAGAAAUUUAAUAAAAACUCUUUUUUAUCUCUUAUAUACUAAACAACUUUUUUUCUAAUCAA